GCUUGUCCUAUACGUGGCUCUUCAACAAUAACACCUUAUCCGUUCAGGACGAUAGUCGCCGCUUCGUUUCGCAGGAAACGGGAAAUCUGUACAUUGCCAAAGUGGAGCCAUCGGAUGUGGGCACCUACACCUGCCUCGUAACCAACUCCAAAGCAGAGCAAAGCGUGCAGGGGCCACCCACUCCGCUCACGCUCCGCAGCGAUGGUGUGAUGGGGGAGUAUGAACCAAAGAUUGAAGUACGUUUUCCAGAAACAACAUAUGCAGCGAAGGGCUCAUCUGUUAAACUGGAAUGCUUUGCCCUUGGAAAUCCUGUCCCUAGUAUUAGCUGGAAGAGGUCUGAUGGAAACUCAUUGGCAAAGAAAAUCAAACACAACAAAACCAAAGGAGUUCUUGAAAUCCCAGAUGUUCAGCAAGAAGAUGAAGGCUCCUACGAGUGUGUUGCAGGAAACACUCGAGGAAGAAACAUUGCAAGAGGUCAAUUAUUUGUCUAUGCACUCCCUGAAUGGGACAAAAAAAUCCAAAAUGCCUUUCUGUCUCUCUAUGACAGUUUAGUUUGGGAAUGUAAGGCAAAAGGAAAACCAAGCCCUUCCUACAGUUGGUUAAAAAACGGCCAGCCGCUCACGUCAGAGGAAAGAAUUCAAAUAGAAAAUGGAACUCUUAUCAUACCUGUGCUGAAUAUGUCAGACUCUGGCCUCUACCAGUGUGUGGCAGAAAACCAGUACGACACCAUUUAUGCCAACGCUGAGUUGCGGGUGAUAGCCGCAGCACCCGAUUUUUCCAAAAAUCCUGUGAAAAAAACGUCUGUUGUUCAAGUUGGAGGUGAAGUCACAAUCGGUUGUAAGCCGAGUGCUUUCCCCAGAGCAGUUAUUAACUGGAGAAAGGGCUCAGAGGUUCUGCGCCAGAACAAAAGGAUCAUUGUACGAGAGGAUGGCAGUCUCAGGCUCUGCAACAUCACCAAAUCAGAUGCUGGGAUCUACACUUGUAUAGCAACAAAUCAGUUCGGAGUUGCCAGAAAUUCAGGGAACCUGAUUGUGAAAGAAAGGACUGUAAUUACUGUUCCACCUUCUAAUAUGGAUGUAACAGUUGGAGAAAGCAUAGUGCUCCCAUGCCAGGUGUCCCACGACCCCUCCGUUGAUGUGAUGUUCACAUGGUCAUUCAAUGGCGAAACGAUUGAUUUUAGUAGAGGAAUACAUCAUUUUGAAAGAAUUGGAAGAGAAUCUGUUGGGGAUUUGAUGAUAAGAAAUAUUCAGCUCCAUCAUUCUGGGAAAUAUGUGUGCAUGGUACAAACAACUCUAGACAGUCAAUCUGCAGCAGUAGAUAUAAUUGUGAGAGGCCCCCCAGGUCCUCCAGAAGAUGUUGAAGUUGAACAUAUUUCUAGCACUACUGCUGUGUUGUCCUGGAAGUCGGGCAUCGAUAAUAAUAGUCCAGUCCAGAUCUACAGUGUUCAGAUGAGAACUCCUUUCUCAGUUGGGUGGCAGGCGGUUUCAACAGUUCCCGAAGUCAUUAAUGGUAGGACUCACAAGGCAACAGCGGUUGGCUUAAGCCCUUGGGUUGAGUAUGAGUUUCGUGUGGUUGCCAGCAACAGUGUUGGAAUUGGGGAGCCAAGCAGACCAUCAGCUUUACUGAAAACUAAAGCAGCAGUUCCUGUCGUGGCUCCAACGAACAUCAGCGGAGGAGGAGGGAGCCGUUCUGAGCUGGUCAUCACGUGGGAGCCUGUUCCAGAGGAACUACAAAACGGGGAUGGUUUUGGCUACAUCAUUGUGUUUCGUUCUCUUGGCUCAACAACCUGGACAAAAGCAGUGGUGGCUUCAGUGGAAGCAAGCAAAUAUGUUUACAGGAACGAGAGCAUUACACCUCUCUCUCCUUUCGAAGUGAAAGUUGGUGUCUACAACAAUGAAGGAGAAGGGACUCUCAGCUCCAUAUCCAUUGUCUACUCAGGAGAAGACGAGCCGCAGGCAGCACCAGUGGGGGCUUCGGCACUGAGCGUUUCGGCGGCGGAGGUGGAGGUCUCCUGGCAGCCCAUCGCGUGGAACAGGCACACGGGCAGGGUGCUGGGCUACGAGGUUUUAUAUUGGACUGAUGAUCCCAAGGAAAGCACAGCUGGUAAAGUCAGAGUCAAUGGGAACGUAACAGCCAAAAAUAUCACAGGACUAAAAGCUAACACAGUGUAUUUUGCAACAGUUCGAGCUUACAACACUGCAGGGACGGGGCCCUCCAGCACCCCGGUAAAUGUCACCACUAAAAAAUCACCACCGAGCCAGCCCCCGGCAAACAUCGCCUGGAAGCUGACAAAUUCCAAAAUCUGCUUGAACUGGGAGCAUGUGAAAACAAUGGAGAAUGAAUCAGAGGUGCUAGGCUACAAAAUUUUGUAUAGACAAAACAGACAUAGCAAAGCACAUGUAUUGGAGACAAACAACACUUCAGCUGAACUUCUGGUACCAUUUGAAGAAGAUUAUCUCAUAGAAAUCAGAACAGUCAGUGAUGGUGGGGAUGGCAGCAGCAGUGAGGAAAUUAGGAUUCCAAAAAUAUCAAGUUUAAACUCUGGAGGAAUAAAAUUGUCCCAAAGGGUAAACCAUAUGUUGGCAUCUGGGAUCCUGCUAUUGCUUUCUGUUCUUACAUGCCCUUUUCCUUGA